AUGUUAAACAUACCGUCACCGAGUGAAUCCUCCGCCUUCACCAGCUCCGAUCGGCCUCAAAAAAGACGACUUCAGCGGAAUGCCCCGCCGUCCAUCAAAAUUAAUCCGGUUUCGUCGUGGAACGUUGCAAUCCCUCUGUUAUCACCACUCGCUUCUUCGGCUCCCUCCUCGAUCAGCUGCGUGACAUCUGAGGAAAGGGAAGAGCCACCGCGUCAAGAGAAGCAGGUGACGGAACCUGAGAAGUUUGUGUUUAAGAUGUGGCAGCAUCCGGCGUCGCCGUUUUAUUCUGAGUCGUCCCCUAAAUUGUCUUCUUUUGUGCCGGUUUAG